AUGGAAUUGUGCACAGAUUUGCUACACUUUACCAGUGCUUUUCAACUGUUCCUGCAAACACUAGCCCUGACGCACCUGUCCGGACACUAUAGUGUUUGUGUGGUGCGCAGCAUUCACGACGAUGUUCGGUUGGAGUUUCCACGCGCUAUCGUAACCGUUACGCUGGAAGCACCGGCCAACACCACGGACACCACCUUCGGCGAUCGCUUGGUGCGCUCCAUCAAUGCCGGCUGUGAAGGGUUUAUGGUGCUGGAAGGGGCACUGUUUCCAUUUCUGGACCAUUUCCGGUCGGCCCACGAAGCAGCCUACUUCCGAGCGCAUAACAAACGUAUCAUUGCCACUGUGGGGCUUGGUCCAGUGGAACGGGAACGGUUGCUACAGCACGAUACGAUGGAAGUUACACCCAACAUGCUGCUGGUGGAGGUGAAUGAAUCGGAAGGAAUGGUAGGUCUUUACACGACGAAGUUAUCGCCGCAGGAACCAAGAGGAAUUGUGGCAGAGUUGAUGUUGCUGGAGCGGUUCUGUUUAGGCGAGGAGUUGUUGUUAGGGCUGCCGGAAUCGAUCCGAAAGUUUCCCGAUAAGCUGAUCGACAUGGAGGGAAGACGCGUUCGGCUGUCCACGUUGCCGUAUCCUCCCUGCAGCGUGGCGAAUGAAGUGCCACUGGGUGAAGGAAACGCUCGCAGUACGGUUCCGGCCAACUACUCGUUGCAGGCGGAUGGGACGGAAAUUUUGAUGGUACUGGAGCUCUGCCGUCGUCACAACUGUACGUUGGAGAUUGAGCUUGUUGCCAACUCGCAAUGGGGCCAGGUGUACCCGAAUGGUUCGGCCGAUGGUUUGAUAGGAUCAUUGAUCGAUCGUCGUUCGGAUGUGGCCGUGGCUGCAAUAUACCGUUGGUACAACUGGUACCAGUACAUGACAAUGUCGGCCUACACUGGUCGAUCGGGCGUCUCCGCGCUUGUACCGCGGCCCCGUCUCUUACCCUACUGGCAAACACCAUUCCUAUCAUUCCCGCCAAGCCUCUGGCUAAUGGUGGCCGUUUCAUUCUGCGUAGGAACGGUUGCCGUGUUCCUUACCGAGCACGCCCGCCACCACAUACGGCCGCUUUCCCGUUCCACCAGUCACAACAACAGGCUGAUCGAUUCCAUCUUCUUCAUGGUGAGCUUGUACGUGGAACAGUCCGUCCCGCUGCCGAACAGUUUGCUGGCGGGUUCGAUGCUGCUUACGUUUCUCCUCUUCGGAGGGUUCAUGAUCGGUAACAGUUAUGCGGGUGCGUUGGCCUGCGUGAUGACGAUACCCCGGAACGAAAAGUCCAUCGACACGCGGGCCGACUUUGCCGCCAGCGGGAUGAAAUGGUCCGGCCCGACGGUUGCGUGGAUGAACUCGCUGCUGAUGGCGGAACAGCCGGAGCUGGUAACGAUCCGCGACCGGUACGAGGUGCACGGUGGUGAUACGUUGGCCCGCUACUCGCACACUCGGCGCGAUAUGGGCUACGUCCACGAGCGGUUGCAGUACGGGAGCUAUGCGCUGGAGUCGUUCAUCAAUCUGAAUGCGACGCGCUUGCUGCAACCGCUCAAGGAGGACGUGUUUUGGGAGCAGAUCGUAACGGCGUGCAGCAAAACGUGGCCACUGAUGGGGCACUACGACGAUCUGAUACUGCGCGUGCAGCAGAAUGGCAUCCUGCGCUACUGGGAGCUGGGGAGCGUUAUCCGGAACAUGGGGCUGGAGAUUCAGCGCAAUUUAGCGAACGCACGGGUGCAGGACUCCGACCACGAGCCGGUCAAGCUACGGAUGGCACAUUUUCUCGGCGUGUUUUUCAUACUGUUCGUGGGGCUCAGUCUGGCGAGCGUUAUUUUCGUAGCGGAGCUGGUGAUGUUCCGUGCAAAUUCCAAUUUGACUACGAAGCAAAAAGUGGAAGUAGAAAGUGUAGAUUAGAAUGUUGGGGAAGGUUUUUCCCAUUGGCUUUUUAGUUUCCUAUUUGUGAUUCAAUCUUAUUAAGAAUGCUUGCUAGAAUUAUUAAAGCUGUAAGUUCUAAAUUCAAGUUAAAGUAUUCCUAAUUUGAAUUUAGAAGU